AUGUGAGAGGGAGAUGGAUCGCUGGAGCAGAGCCCUCUCACAAACUCGGCAGGCUGCUGCAGCCACUGCGGCUGAGCAACACCCACCUGCAAAGUGCAAGGUUGGGGGAACGAGAGAUGGGGAAUGGCAGCAAAUUCCUACCCGGCGCAAGAAACCUGUUCCCCCCACCCAGACCACAAACCCCCAGAGACCCCUCAAGAACAAAUAUGAAGCCCUGCAGGUGGAAGCCAUCCCCAAGGAUGAAGAGGAUGGCUCCCACAGCCUAGAAACAUUCCCUAGGCUGUGCCAUCCUCAGGCGGGGCACGCCGGGAGUUGUAGUUCGCAAAGGGAACGCUCCAGGCUUGGGGGAAAAUGGAGGAAAAGGACUUUGAGGGUACUGGUCAACAGUAGCCAAACGUGAGCCAACAGUGGCCCUGGUGGCCAAGAAGGCCAAGAGCAUCCUGGCUUGGAUCAGCCAUGGGGUGGGCAGUAGGAGCAGGGAAGGGAUUGUCCUCUUGGACUCAGCACUGGGAAGGCUGUACCUCAAAUCAUGGAUUCAGUUUGGGGCCUCUCAUGCCAAGUAAGAUCUUGAGGGGCUGGAGCAUGUGUGGAGAAGGGAAUGGAGCUGGGGAAGGGUCUGGAGCCCAGGGGUUCAGGGAGCUGCAGAGGGCCCUGGGGCUGUUUGGUCUGGAGAAGAGGAGGCUGAGGGAAGACAUCAUCGCUCUCUGCAGCUCCCGCAAAGGAGGCUGUGGUGAGGCAAGUGUUGUUCUGUUCUCUUCUCCCCAGGGACAAAAGACAGAACAAUAGGGAGCGGACUCAGGUUGUGCUAAAGGAGGUUUAGAUUGGAUAUUAGGAAAAAUUUCUUUCUUGAAAGAGUGGUGAAGCCCUGGCAGAGGCUGCCCAGGGCAGUGGUGGAGUCCUCAUCCCUGUAGAUGUAAAACACCCAAGUUGCUGUGGCACAUUGGGACGUGGCUUAGUAGGCACCGUUGGUGUUGUGUUGGUGGUUGCACUGGAAAAUCUUCAGGACUUUUCCAACCUUAACAAUUCUAUGCCCUUCCCAGAGAGCCUGGGCCGCCACCCUUGGUGUUUCUCUGCUGGCUCUUGGCAGGCAGAGCUCGGAGCCAGGCGCUGCUGCCUGUCCCAAGGCUACCCAUUCAGCAGGGUUUUUUUGGCUGUCCAACCCUACCUUCUGCCUCCCCUCUUGCUUGGAACGUCCCACAUCACUCCCCCCGCCCCAAGUUCACUGUACCCAGCACCCAGAACCAGCCCCUCUGUGACAUCAGCUCGGGGCCAAGGGCUCUGCGAGCAGCGUGAGCACUGCAGGCAGUUCGUCGGUUGAUGCCGUACUCGUCACCAGCUCUCGGUUCUUCUACUCCCUCGUGCCACUGGCACCAUGAAUGUUCUUUUUGUCCUCACCCUCCUGGCCCUGUUCUGGCCAGCACAGGGCUCCUGGGACACCUGCGAGACUUGCGGACUCCGGCCCUCGGAUUACCAGAACUAUAGCUCCGCACACGCUGCUGGCGGGAGCGAUGGCCAUCCAGGUGCCUGGCCGUGGAUCGUGAGCGUGCAGCAGAUCCGGGAGGCAGGCGUUGUACACAUCUGCGGAGGGACCCUCAUCCACCCCCAGUGGGUGCUGACAGCAGCCCACUGCUUCGUCAACACCCACAAUGUCCUGAUGUGGCGCGUGGUGGCCGGUAUCAUGCACUUGGCUCAUGAGGGACCUGAGGUCCAAGUGCGCUAUAUGAAGCGGAUCCUGGGUCACAAAGGCUACAGCAACAUCACUCAGGCAAAUGACAUCGCCUUGAUAGAACUGGACGAGCCUUUCCAGUGCAGCCCCUACGUGCAGCUCGCCUGCGUGCCAGAUUUCUCCCUGCGAGUCCAGGAGCUGAAGACCUGCUACGUCAGCGGUUGGGGGGCCACCAUGGCCGGAUCUCCUGGAAUGCCUCCUGUGCUGCUCGAGUCCCAGGUCCACCUUCUCAACACACAUGCCUGUAACAGCAGCGGGUGGUACCGUGGAGCCAUCCACCCCCACAACCUGUGUGCGGGAUAUCCACAAGGCGGCAUCGACACCUGCCAGGGGGACAGCGGGGGUCCUCUUGUCUGCCAAGAUCCCCAUGCUAACCACUCCUGGCUGGUGGGAGUGACCAGCUGGGGGAGAGGUUGUGCCAGAGCCCGUCGGCCAGGGGUUUAUACCUCUACGCAAUACUUCCGUGAGUGGAUUGUGGCUCAGAUGGGGAUGGACUUGGCAGGAGCGGCCACUUCAACAGAAUCAGCAAAGACCCAUUUUCUCACCAUCUCAAACCCUGGUGAAGGAACCCAGCCAGAACCAACACAGCGUGCCGUGUCUUCCACCUGCCCGUUUCACCUGGAUAAGCUGAAGGGCGUUUUCGCCCAGCUGCAGAAGGUCCUGAAGUUCUUGAGGGGUGGCAAGGACUGAGCAGCAGGCGAAAGAGGAUGCAGGAUAGGGUGCGUGAUACCACCACUGUGUCCUUCUGAGGCAAUGCCUGCUGCUCCAAAGGCAGCCUCAGGGUCCCAGACCUGCUCCGUCAAUCCAGAAGAAUAAUAAUAUUAUUAAAUAAAAUGCAUACAUAAAAAUACAGAAAAUCGCGUUCCCACUCCUUGAUGACUAUGUCAGCACAGAUGCUGCAGAGCAGGCAUUAAGGGAAGGGUCUGAGGAUGGGAGGGAAUUGGAUUCAGGAACUGAAUUCAGGAGAAGAAGCCUGGAGAAGAGAAGGAUCUGAGAUCUUAUAGCGACCUUCCAGUAUCUGAAAGGGGCUCCAAGAAAGCUGGGGAGGGACUGUUCACAAAGGCUUGGAGUGAUAGGAUGAGGGGCAAUGCGGAUAAACUGGAGAGAGGCAGAUUUAGACUGGACAUAAGGAGGAGUUUCUUCACCAUGAGAGUGGUGAGGCCCUGGAACAGGUUGCCCAGGGAAGACGUUGGUGCCCCAUCCCUGGACGUGUUCAAGGCCAGGUGGGAUGAGGCUUUGAGCAACCUGAUCCAGUGAGAGUUGUCCCUGCCCAUGGCAGGGGGUUGGAACUGGGCGAUC